UUCUUUAAUCGUUAUUUUAUUAAAUAUUUAAAUGCAAAAAAGUAGUUUAUGGUAAAAAAUGAUUAAAUGAUUUUUAAUGAUGUUUGAAAUUGGUAGAAAAAUUGACCAUGCGGUGGCGCGCAUAUCGGACGCUCCGCCAUGUUAGUUUAUGCUCUGGCCUGAAACGAAAAAUUUGUAUAUUCAGCAACUGUAACUCGUUCAAAUAAAAUUAAAAAUGUGAUUCAUUCAGUUCCAGACAAAAAACAAAAUUCCGGGAUAAGUAUUUCUGUUUGGAAAGCUUUUGAAAUUAAAUUGUGAAGUUUUGUUGAAUAAAUUUGAAAAGCUACUGCAAUGCUUUGAAUCGUGCGGUCGUUACAAACUCAAAAGUACGUUUGUGAGACGCUUAGGUAUUUCUGACGAGAAAUAUUAAGGUAGAGUUAAAUAAAAGCUGUUUGUUUUGUGAUUUUUCGAGUUAGAAGGAACAUCAUUCUAUUUUGGUAUAAUAUCAAGUGUUAUUUUGUCGCACAUAUUGUUUAAAACUACCUGUUGAAUUCAAAUUUUAAAUCAGGCACAUAUGUCAAUUGUUUCUCGUUUGAAAUGUAUAAUUAUUACGUUCAAUGCCAAGAGAAUAAAUAUUAAUCGGCAAUGUUGAGAACAGUGGGAAAGUAUAAAACGAUUAUUUAUUUGUUUCUUCCUAUUUCGGUUUUAUUUGCAUUUGAUGGAAAUGCAAUAUUGAGGGAAUUGGGUGAAAAACAGUAUCAAAUGAUUAAAGCUAAAUCAUCUUUGUCCCAUCAUGGAACAUGUUGGCACAAUGCUAUUCAAGCAAUGAAAUCUAGCUGUAGUAAUUUAAAUGAUCAAGAACAUUCACUUAUGGCUUUGAAGUUAACAAAUUGUUUCUUGGAAGAUUCUGGUCAUGAAACUUACAAUUGUCAUCAUAUAGAAUCAGAAAAUCAACGCAAAUAUUGCAUUAGCAAUAUGUCAGACAGAGCAUUUAAUGUAUAUAAUGAAUACUAUAUACAUGCUACACACAUGUGCUUUUAUCUAAACUAUGAAGCUUGGCAAAUUGAAACUGACAAUACCAUUAAAGAAUUAUAUCAAGUUUCUUCAAGAAUGAAGGAACAAUUAUUGGAAGCUUCAGAAAUGCAAGGGGCAAUGCUUGAAGGUCAAAAACAAAGUCUCAAAAUGCAGAAUAAACUUUUAGAUCAUGGAAAGGAACUUGGUUCUAUACUGAAAUCUUCGUCUGAAAGUGUUAACAGUAUGGCCAAAGAUUUUAAAGAAACAGCAAGGGAUCAAAGAGAAUUAUUAUAUCAAAUCUUUUCCUAUAUUCGUACUUUUCAAGACUGGAUUAUUGGAGAAGUUUCUUGGUUUCAAUCUAUUAUGUAUUAUACAAUUGGUUGUAUUUUAUGUGCAUUAUUUAGUUCUUCUAAAAGAACUGUAGAUGCCAGAAUCACACUUUUUACAAUUCUAAGUUUAAAUGUUAUAAUAGAACGAAUGUUAGUCAAGUAUUAUGAUAAUGUUGUACAUCACCCCAAUGAUAAGGAAAACUUAAUCAGUACAACAUGGAUGUACAGAAAAAUAGCUCUCACACUUUGUGCUGUUACAUUAUUAUUAACAUAUUAUUAUUACAAAGAUGAACAAAUAGAAAAUUAUAAGGCGUUAAAAAGAAUUGAACAUCAGUUGAAUACUAUACAAGAAGUAACAUCUGAUUAUCCAUUUCGUUAUUUCACUAGGCUCAGAGUGAAACAGUUACAAGCACAAACAAGUAGACAGGCUGAAAUGAGAACUUCUUCAUCAUUAAGGUAAAAUAUAUUUUAUUCGUUUGAGGGGUAGUUGAAAAACCUCGUCGAAAGAUGCCAGGCAGCGCGAUCGCGUUUGUUUUAAUGUAGCGGGUCUUUUCGACAUGAAAUCAACAGCGCGAUCGCUCUGAGUUGGAUUCAAACAGUUAUACACAUAAUAUUACAAAUACAAUAACAAUAAUAAUGCUAAAUCUUUUGUAUGCAAUAUUUUAUUAAAUAGUUGGGUAUUUACGUAAAA